CUGGAAGUGGAUUGCCCUUUCACGUCGAGUCGUUGCCACUCUCCCGAGAAGCGACCCCAAACGACGCGAAGCAGGAAAUUGGGGGCGGCGCCAUGACCUUGGAUGACGAGAAGUCGGUGUACGUCGGUGGCCUCCCUUACGAAUGUACUCAGGAGGACCUUCGUCGUGCCUUCGACCUUUACGGCGCCAUCGUCGACGUCAAAAUAAUCAAUGAUCGACAAGUUGGAGGAAAAUGUUAUGGGUUUGUUACAUUUAGAAAUCCUAGGUCAGCUGUUGAUGCUAUCAUGGACAUGAAUGGCAGGAAAAUUGGAGGAAGACCUGUAAGAGUAAAUGAAGUUCACACAAGAGGUGGAAGGCCAAAUUUUCAUCGAGAAAAUUUCCAUCGAGAUGGAGAUGAUGAUUGGGAUAGGGGUAGGGAAAGGGAAAGAGAAAGGGAUCAUUUACAUGACAGAAAUCAUUAUCUAGAUAGAAAUUCUGAGCGAUCUCAAGAUAAUAACAGGGAUAGAGAAAGAGAGUCAGAUUUUGAGCGUGGGCGUGACUUCAUUCGAGCAAGAGAGCAUCUUGUGGAUCAAGAGAGAGAUCGAGAGGAUGAGGAUCAUGAGCGUCGAGGAGACCGUGAUAGAGAUUGGGAAAGGGAUCAUAAUAUGGAUUGGGACCGUGAUAGAGACUUGGACAAACCUAAAGAUCCUGAUGGAGGCAAGCUAAUGGAUAAGGAGCAACAAUCAAGACAAAGACACGGUUCUGGAACAACUGAUCAUCAAUCCCGAGAUAUAUCCUCCCAUUCUAGUGAUGAUUAUCGCAACCAAGUGAGCCAAGAAGUGAAAGAACAGUUGGAGCUAUCUGUUCAAAGACGAGAGGAGCUUGAAAAUGAGAUUACGAUUAUUGGAGAUAAGGUUGAAGAGAAAAAGCUUGUUAUUUCAGAUCUACAAAAGAAAUCUCAGAAACUAGAGGAUGCUGUGGCGGCUGCUAAGAAGCUCACUUCUCAGCGGCAGUCGAUGCUAAUAAAGCUGCAGAGUUGCUAUCUUCGAUCUCAAGACUUUGCUGACAGACUCAAGAGCUCUGAGCAGGAACUCCAGUCACUUGUUGAUGCAGCAAUCUCCGAAAUCGAUGUGGGUGAGGAUGCCAAUGCAAGAGAUGGAUCAGUUUACGCAAAUGGGAAGGUGUGACAUUCCCAACUCGUGGGACAAUUGUCCAUCCUUUGGAAAGUAGGUAAGUUCUUUGUAAACUGUGGCACUGAAUGUGGAUUAGUUUUGCUCAUGUAUUAUUAUAUUUAGAUCUGUGUUUUCUGCACUCUUUGUAACUAAAUUGCAACUUGUGGUCAAAACAGCAGCUUCAACCUUCUUAUUAUUUUCCCACUUUAUAUCCA